AUGCCAAUACUUGAUAACAAGACGUACCGGAAACAGCUUCGCGCAUGGAUUGGUGACCCGGCCUUGACCUUUGACCUCCUGUACAGCGCCUCCAGAGACGGCUGCACUGGUCAGGCUUUCCAUGAGAAGUACAACAACCAGGGUCCGACUGUUUCUAUUGGUCAAAACAGUGCUGGUUACGUCAUAGGGGGAUCCACAAGCAUUGCCUGGUCAUCAUGCAGAAAUUAUGUUAAUGAUGACCGUGCAUUUUUGUUCCAACUCAUCCCAAACAUGGUAAAGUUUGCUCGCAAUGGAAACGGGAAUGAUGUUUAUGACAACGGCACAUAUGGCCCCACGUUUGGAGGUGAUUUAAACUAUAAUCAGACGACUUUUGAUACUGUUGACAGUUAUGGUUAUGGGCUAGAUGUGGAAGAGGUAUGCAGUGUGUCUGAGCCCUGUGGAAACAAUCUGUUGUUCUUUUCCAAUUCAUACAAUAAAUCUGGCGGUUAUUUCAACACAAAUGGCUGCAGUUACAUCGGUACUAAUUAUGACGCCAAUGGUUUCAACACCCAAACAUUUACUGGAAACAGCGACUCCUAUCUCGAUAUUGAAGUGUACGCUGUUAAACAGGGACAUCUGGAAGAUGAAUUGUAUGAGAAAGAUAAGCCAUGGCGCAAAACUGAGAUUAACGACUGGAGUAAUAAGACUAGAGACAAACUUUUUGAUGAGUUGGUGUCAUUCUCCACUCCAAGCCAGGCCAAAGUCCCCGCCGCACGGCUUCUCCUGGUGGGCAGUGUGGGGGCGGGGAAAUCCAGCUUCUUUAACACUGUGCGCUCUGUGUGGAAAGGCAAAGUCCACAGCCAGGUGGCGACCGGGACGGCACCCCAUAGCCUCACAACCAAGUUUCGUGUGUAUGAGAUCCGCGGAGGCCACCAGACGCCGGCGUUCCGCCUGUGUGACACCAUGGGUCUGGAAGAGGACCAGGGACUAGAUGUGGGGGACAUGGCCUAUCUGCUGGAUGGUCACGUGCCGGACCAUUUCCAGUUUAACCCAGCUGUGCGUAUCACACGUAAAUCUCCUGGUUUUGUGAAGGACCCUGGUUUGGCUGAAGUCAUUCACUGCGUAGCACUAGUCAUAGAUGGCAGCACAUACAAGGUCAUACCUCCCAAGGUCAAGGACAAAUUGCUGGGCAUUCAAACUCUGGCACGUGACAGAGAUAUCCCCGUCCACGUGGUCCUGACCAAGGUGGACAAAGUAUGCGAAGACGUAGCCGAAGACCCAUCUGUGGUAUUUCACAGUCGUGUCAUUGAAAAGAAAGUGAAAGAAAUCAGUGAUACAUUCGGUAUACAGAGUAAUCACAUCCAUCCCGUGAAGAACUACGAGUCCGAGACCUCCAUUGACCCCAGAGUGGACAUCCUGACACUGAACGCCCUCCGACAGAUGACCGGAAGUGCCGAGGACUACAUUGAGGAUCAACUAGACCACAUGGAGGAGACCGACACCCAAAUGUCUAAGAUGAAUAUCAAAAGAUAA